CUCCCCCUCUCCCUCUCUCUCUAAAAGAAUUAGUAUAGAAAAAAAAAAUUAUAAAUGAAGAGAAAUGUGAAGAGAAAUAUGUCACCAUCUUCUUCAUGCAACAAUGAACAACCAUUGAUGAAUCCAAAAUCCAAGAACAAGAAAAGGCAACCUGCUUCAGCAGAACCUCUGCCCAGAACCUCCAUUUUCAGAGGUGUUACAAGGCAUAGGCUUACAAGACGAUAUGAAGCUCAUUUGUGGGAUAAAGAAUCCUGGAAUCAGAAUCGCAAAAAGAAGGGGAAACAGAUAUAUUUGGGGGCAUAUGAUGAAGAAGAGGCUGCUGCUCACACUUAUGAUCUUGCUGCUCUUAAGUAUUGGGGUCCGGAAACAACUCUGAAUUUUCAGCCGGAAAUGUACAAAAUCGAGAUGGAAGAAAUGCAAAAAAUGUCUAAAGAAGAAUACUUAGCCGUGUUAAGAAGGAACAGUAGUGGAUUUUCUCGAGGCGUUUCAAAAUUCCGAGGUGUAGCAAGGUAA